AAAAAUUAUUUAUUUAUUGAAUAUUUUUUUUUUGUUUGUUAAUUAUUAAAUAAUAUUUUAACAAGUGCAUGUGUAUUUAAAAUGAUUGAGCUGAUAUACCUAUAGGUUAUGUUAAUUGUAAACAUUAUUAUUAAACUAUUGACUAGUUGAAAAAAUAAUAAUAAUAUUAAUUUAUAAUAAUUAUUUGUUAAUAAAUAAUAAUUAAACAAAAUGCAAAUUUCAACUGAUAAUAUGAUUUAUUCACCGUCAAUGAACCUGGUGGACAUUGUCGUUGAUGAAAUUGCACUUGAAGGUAUGGAUGGUAUAACAUUAGAGGCAUUAUGGUCAAGAUUAUCAAUAAGACUUGAUUGUAAAUUACCAUUGAGUGAAUUUUUUAUGGAACAAAUAUGGAAAAUAUGUUUAUCAGUAAAAGAUUUAAAAUUUUAUGAGCUACAAAAUGAAAGAGAUAAACUUGUAAUAUUUGAUCGUUAUAAAUAUGUUGAUGAAGAUUUAGGUACAAUACAAGAACCAGAUGAUGUACCAGAUGAUAUUUAUUUACAUUGUCCAAUUGAUGAUGUUACAAAUGGCCAAAAAGGUUCAUGUAUGGAUUAUGAUAAACGUAAAUUAAUUGAUAAUAUUAAAAACAUACAAUUAAAUAAUGCAUUAAAUGAUUAUGGUAAUAAAUUAAUAAUUGUUGCAUCACAAAAUUUACGUGAAAAUGCAUUAAUGGGUGAUUGUGUUUGUCCAACAAUUGAUUUAAAUAUAAAACAAUAUUGUUUUUUAGAAAGAAUUGGAAGAUCACGUUAUCAUGGUGAAGUUACACAAGGUAAAAGAAGUCUAGUAAUAUUAGGUGAAGAACCAAAAACAUUAUUUUAUCAUAGAAAAGUAUUAACAAAAUAUAAAUUAAUAACAAAACAAUUACAUCAUCAAAAAUCAUCAACACAUAGUACACCUGGUUCAUUGCUACAUUUAAUACGUUUUUAUGUUGAAAGAAAACCAAAAAUGAUAUAUCUUGCUGAAAAAAUUGUUGAUAUAUUAAAAAAUAGUAAUAAUUAUAUGAUUGAUAUGCAAGAAUUAAAAACACAAUUACAAAUGCAUAAUUCAAUACGUAAAUUAAUGAAAAUGUCAUUUUUUCGAAAAGUUGUUACAACAAUAAAUGAACGAUAUAGAAAUAUAUAUCCAAAUGCUAAAGAAAUUGAAUGGAAAAGAAAAGGUUGUGAUAAAGAAAAAUAUAUAUAUGCAUUUAAAUUAAUUGAUCCUAAUGUUGAUAUUAAUGAUUUAUGGUAUGACAAUGAUACAUAUGAAGAUGAUGAAUAUUAUGAACUUGAUAUAUCAUCACAGUGUAUUAAUCAGCCAUUAUUAACACAAGCAAAUUUAGCUGUUGAAUCAACAACUUGUAAUGGUAUUAGUCAAACUGAUUUAUCAAAAAAAAUGGGAUUAACAAGACUUGUAUCAAGAACAAUGUUUAGAAAUUUAGAAAAAAUUGGUCUUGUUGGUACGUAUAUUGAUGAUAUUGGUAGACAAAAAACAACUAAAUAUUUAUCACGUAAAUAUGAAAAAAAUAGUGAAUUAAGUAAACAAUUAUUAGUUGAAAGAAAUAAAAUGUUGGAAUAUAAAAAAAUAUCAAUGGCAUUUAAUAAUAAUGAUGAUACAACAACAGCAAUAAUUAUUGAUAAUACUCAAAAUAUUGAAGAUAAUAAUGUAAUUGAAAUUGAUAAUACAACAACAACAGCAACAACAACAUCAACAACAAAUGAAUCAAAUAAUGUAAAUUUAAUAAAACGUCAUAAUUUAUUUUUAAAUGUAAAUAAAAUAUUGAAAAAAUAUAAAUUAAAUAAUUACAUGAAAAAUUAUAAAAUAACAUAUGAAAAUUUAAUUGAAAAAAAUAAUAAUGAUGAAUUAUUAAUGAAAAAAAAUGAUAAUUUUAAUAUUUCUAUUGAAGAAAAUAUAUUAUUAUCAAAUAUAAAUAGUAAUUAUAGAUAUUUUAAAAAAUUUAUAAAUGAAAAAAAUAAUAUUAAAAAAAGAACAAUAUCAACUAAAAAAAUAACACGUAAAAAUAUAAUAUUAGAAACAUUAGAAAAAUGUAAAAUAAUUGAUACAUUUAAAAUGUUAAAUGUUAUUAAUGAUAAAGAGCCAGGAACAUCAACGAGAAUUGAUAAAAAAUCAUUAUUUCGUUUACUUGAUGAAAUGCAACAUGACAAAUUAAUUAAAAAUAUAAAGCUAACAUUAACAUCAAUUGAUAAUAGUAAAAUAAAAUUAAGAUUAUUAAUAUGUCAUGUUAGUGUUAAUAUUAAUGAUCAAUUAUUUCAAUCAAUAAUUGAUGAUGCACAAUUAAAAUUUACUCAUCCAGUAACAUGUAGUAAAAAACUACGUAAUAAUAAAUUAUGUCGACCAAAAUUAACAAUUAAAAAAACAACUAAAAUACGUAAAAAGUUAAAUGAAAAAAUUGCAUUAAAGCAAAAAAUUAUUGAGCCAUCAAAAAUAGCUACUGUUGCUACUGCUGCACCAUCAAGCAUGAUACCAAAUCCACGUGCUGGAUAUAAAUAUGGUAGAAAACCAAAAUUUGCUCGUAUGAAAGUAUUACAUUUAUUUUUAUAUUAUCGUAUUUUUGAGCAUAAUAAUAUGAGCACAAAUAAAAAUAUAACACGUGAAGAAAAAUUAAAUAUAUUAUCACAAUGUAAUAGUAAAAUAAAUAUAACAAAUAACAUGAUUGAUGAAAUGCCAGAAAUAUAUAAUACAGAUGGUGAUUGGAAAAUGUUUAUACCACCAUUAUCAUGUAAAAAAAAUUCACCAAUUGGUUGGAUAUCAAUGACUGAUAUAAUUUAUCAUAUGCCAUUAUCAUUGUGUUUAAAUAUUUAUAAUAUGCGUUAUGUUAUACCAGAUCUUGAUGAUUAUUUUAAUCAUCCAAUACGUAAAAAUUAUUUAAUAAAAGAUUUACCAUUACCAAUUAGAAGAGCACUUAUGAUUGAUAAAAAAUAUAUAACAGCAUUACAUGAAACAAUACAAUUACUUUGUUUCAUUGGUCUUGUACAAUUUGGUCCACAUCAUUAUAAAAAAAAAGAUGAAGUUGAAAUAUAUGUUAAUCGUAAAAGUCAAUUAAUGAAUACAAUUGAAACAUCACCAAAUUAUUAUCAAAUUGAUAAAAAUAAAAAUUAUCCAAUUGAAAAUUAUACAUUUGAUACAAUGCAAAUUGUUGAAGAAUAUUGGCAUCGUAUGCAUUUUAUAUGUAUCAAUACACCACUUGGUAGUAGAUUAAAUGAUGAAGGUAAAGAAAUUGUAUUUGAAGAAUUAAAUAAAAAAAAUAAUAUGAUUGAAUUACUUAAACCAAUUAUAUAUAAAGAUGCUGAAGUAAAAGAUAAUGGUAUAAUGCCUGGUGAUAAACUUGGUGCAUCUGGUAUUGAUUCAGCAUUUUUUUCACAUUUAAAAAGAAAUUGGGAUAUUGGUUUUGUUAAUCAAAAUAAUAAUUUAACAAAUAAUGAUGAUACAUGCUAUGAAAGAAAACGUUAUUUAUCAAAUAUUAAAGUUAAACCAAUUAAAUUUAUUGACUUGAGUGGUAUUAAAAAAAUAUCUGGACCAACAAAUUUAACUGCAAAUGAACUAAAAGAUGAAACAAAAAAGAAAAACACAAAUAAUAAUAAUAAUAAUAAAAAUGAUAAAAUAAAUAUUAAUAUUAUUGAAGAACAAUUGAAAGAUGAAUUUUUAAAUAAUAGUAAUAAUAAUUUAAAUAAAGAAAAAAGAAAUUGUACAUAUGUUAGAAAAAUAUUACCACGUAGAAAUAAAAAAAAACGACGUGUUAAAUAUGAUGAUAUUGAUAAUAGUGCAUUACAAAAAAUGAAUAAAUUACGUGUUGAUUGGAGUAGUCGUGAAGAUAAUAUAUUAUUAGUAUGUAAAGUUGUUAUGAUGUUUUUAUGUCCAAAUCCAAGAAGACAAAUAAUAACAUUUACUCUUGUACGUGAUGUUCUACGUUUAUAUUCAUCUAAAAAAUCACAAAAUAAAACAUCACGUGCAUGUCAACGUAGAUUAUUAUUUAUGCUUAAACAACCACGUACUGUACAUAGUGUAUCACUUGGUGUUGAAGAAUUAAAACAAAAUCAUUUUAUUACAAGUAAAUAUGGUGAUGUUAUAACAAAAAUUAAAAAAAUUAUAAAUAUUGAUGAAAGAGAUGAAAAAUGUGCUGAAAUAUUUAAAGAACUUGUUGCAUAUGUUGCUAAAAAAUAUUAUGAUAUAUCACAUAAAAAAAUUAAAAAUAAUUUACAUAAUAUAAAUACAAUACAAGAAUUUAAUUUACUAUAUGAAAUAUGUGAUUCAUCACAAAAAAUACAAAAUAUACGUAAUCAACAAUAUGAUAUUAAAAGUUUACAUGAUAUUUAUUUAUCAACAUUAAAUUCAGUUAUUUAUAGUUCAAUGAAUUGUGAAAAUCAUACAUCAUGGGCAUAUCAAUUAUGUAAAAUAUAUAAACAAUAUCCAGAAUAUUUAUUACGUAAUGCCAUAACAAAAAUAAGAACACAACAAAUGAUAUCAGUUAAAAAAACAUAUGAAACAAUUGUUAAAAAACGUGGUAAUUUUAUGCCAUUAAGUAGUAAUCAAUAUCAAUUUAGUAUUGCAUAUAAUUAUAAAUUUUAUAUGAAACUACCAGAUUAUAUAUUUAAUGAUGUAUUUAGCUUUUUUAAAAAUAUUAUUAAUUCAUAUAAAACAAUGACAAAUAAUAAUUCUAUAAAUGAUGGUGUAUUAAUUAAUUCAUCAACAAAUAGUGGUAUGGUUUUUAGUAUUUAUGAAUCAUUAUUAAAUAAUUUAAUUAAUUUUAAUAUUAAUAUACCAGAUCAUAUUAUAACACUUGAUCCAAAUUGUAGUGAAUAUGAUGAUGAAACAUUUGCUAGAAUAUCUAAAAGAUAUCAAGAUAUAUUAGCCAGUUUAGAACAGCUCAAAUUUGAACGUAAUACAAAUACUAAUAAUGAUAAUAAUGAUGCUGAUAUUAUGGAAAUUGAAAAUGAUAAUAGUAAUAAUAAUGAAAAAGUUAAAAAUGAUAAUGAAAUUGAUUCAAAUACAGAUAAACAAAAAACAAAUAAAAAAUCUGUUAAUACAAAAGCUUCAUCUUGGACAGUUGCUCAUCUUAAAUCAUUAUUAUUUGAUGAAACUAUAAAUAGCCAAAUUGAUAAUAAUAGUACAGUAAAUAAUGAAAGAAAAUAUGAUAAUUUUUUAAAUGAUAAAACAAUGGAUAUUGAAUAUUUACGUCUUCAAGAUGGUACUGUUAUUGAAAUAACAAAAGAUGAUGUUAAAAAUGAAAAAUCAUUACUACUUGAUGAUGAUAUGUAUGAUAUAUUUUUAAAUGCACGUGAAAAAGAUGAUUAUAAAGAAUGUUAUAAUGAUCGUAUGGCUAUUGAUAGACUAAUGGCUAUUGUUGAUGAGCCAGAAACAAUGGAAAUUGAGACAUCAAAUCAACAGGUUGAAGAAAAUAUACAAACAAAUUUAUCUGAUAAUCAAAUUUCACAAAAACAAACAGAAACAAUUGAUAUAAACAAUGAUGAUAGCAUUAAAAAUAAUAAUAUAAAUAUUAAUAAAAAUAGUGAAAUAAUAAAUAAUAAAAAUAAUGAUACAAAUGAUGACAAUAAAAAAAAAUAUACAAGAAUUGCAUUAUUAAAAAUGAGAGAAGAAUUAACUGAUUUACCAAAUAAUAAUUAUGCUCAUGAUUAUUUUCAUGUAAAUGCAUUUGAUAUUUAUUAUAAAUUACCUCAACUUGAUAAUGAAUUGUUGAAUAAUUCUGAAUUAAUAAUUGAUAAUAAAUUAACUAGUAAGUUAUUAAUGUUUGAUGAUAAUAAUGAUAAAAUAAUUACGUCUGAUUUUAAUGAUAAUAUAUUAUAUCCAACUGAUCCAAUUGACAUUGAUGAAAUUAAAAAUUUAAUUAUUGAUAAAUAUGACAUUGAUGAAAAUAAUAUUAAUGAUAUAAUAAAUUUUGUUGAAAAUAAACAUGAACAAGGUGCAACAUUAAAACAGCUAACAAUUAAUUAUUAUAAAUUAAUUGGUAAUAAAUUGUAUAAAAUAUUAUUAUUUUUAUGUAAAAAAAAAUUAUUUUUACGUACUGGUGUUACUGUAACACGUUAUAUACAUAAAAAAUAUACUGAUCCUUGGAUUAUUAAAUCAGUUAGAAUAAAACGUUUACAAAGAGAAAAUUUACCACCAAUUCCACAAUCAUCAAUUUAUCUAUUUUCAAAUAGCAAAUUAAAUAAAGAUGAUCCAACAAUAAAUCAAGAUAAAAUGGAAAUUGAUAAUGAACAAUCAACAUCAUCUAAAAGUAAUACAUAUAAUACAGCUGAUGAAAAAAAAACUAUCAUGAAAAUUGGAGAUGUUGAAAAAGCAGUACAAACAUUAGAUUCAAACACCACAGAAAAUGUCAAUGUUAUUAUAAGACCAUGGAUUAAAGUUGAUGGACAAAUUAAUAAUAGUGUAUUUGAAAAAAUGCUUGGAUCUGUAUUGUCAUAUUGUUCAAUGAAUCCUGGUGUUUAUAUGACUAAAGUACAAGAUAAAUUUUCACCAGCUUUACAAUAUUAUCAUACUAGAGAACUCAUUGAGUUUUUGGUUAAAUUAAAUUGUUUAAAAUUGACAAUAUUGAAGAAAGAAGCUUCGACAUUAUUUUCAAAGUCGGAAUUUUCACGUCUCAAAUAUCCUUUGGAAAAUGAUGGUUCAUCUGAAUUUGAAGCUGAUAUUAUAAUUGAUACAACAAUUUGUUCAAUAAUAAAAUUUUCAUCAUUUUUACGUGAAAACAAGAGUCAAUUACAAUUAUAAAUAACAAAUAUAU